AAAAAAAAAAGAGAGAGAGAACUGAGAAUCUGAGAAGGCCUAUCCUAUCUUCUCUACUUCUCUAUCUACGUUUUCCAGCCAGCCAUUUUUGCCCAAAAAAAAAAAAAAAUAUAUAUAUAUAUAUAUACUUUCUUAUCUCCAUCUGAGAAGCAUUAGCCAUCAGCCAUGGCCUGUGCCUCGAGGUCCCUGCUCUACUCCACGCGUGUGAACUCGCACGUGCGACUGUCUCCUCCUCCGACUGCGUCUCAGCCAUUGGUCUUCUUCGGUUGCGACAACGUUUCGUUUCCAAAGCUAAGCGAGCUUUCCUGCUUCCACCGUUACUCACCGGCGGCGGUCAAGGCUUCGCCGGGAAGUGACGGCGUUCUGCCGGCCGACGACGGAGUCUCUUUGGGGACCAUGAAAUUGCCUUCCGACACCGAUCUGCAGAGAUUCGAGUCUCUGCUCUUUCAGUGGGCCAACAGCCUUUGCCAAGGAGCCAACCUACCACUCCCUGUCCCUUUGAAGGUAGACAAAAUAGCUGGAGGAGCUAGGCUGGGCUUCAUCACAAUUGGGGAUGGGAAAACUGAGGUGCUCGUGUACAUUGAUUGCCUAGUUUUUCCUGCGACUGAUAGUUCUGGACCAAUCUUCCGAGCCAUUAGAAAUGGAGCCUCGAAAGAUCAGCCCCCUCCUGGCGAGCCAAGGAUCAUGAGAAGUCUUCUCCAGGCCCUUCAAAAGUCUGUUGAAAUUGCAAGACUUUGAACCAAAAUGUUUCUCAUAUGAGACGUAGUCUUGUAAAUUUUUUUUUUAAAAUAA